AUGGAGAACAUCGACGCCCUUCUCGACUAUAGAGGGGUGCCCGGUGCCAUCAAAUGUCGUUUGUUCCUUACCACCCUGCGCAAAGGAGCCAUGACUUGGUAUAAAAGUUUGCCCGAUGAGUCUAUCACUUCAUGGAAAGUGCUCCGGAAACUUUUUUCCAUACACUUCACGGCCUCCCGGAGACACCCCAUGUCAGAAGCCUCCUUGGAAGCCAUCAUCCAAGGAAAAGACGAGUCCCUACGGGCUUACAUAGAAAGAUUCAACAAGGAAGCCGUGCAAGUAUCUACCACUGCCCAUAUGAAGAAAUUCUUGCUCGAGCGAGGCCUCCGACCACGCUCAGACUUUGUCAAGGCCGUCGGGAUCGAAACGCCGGCCACUCUGGACGAGUUCUUUCUCAAAGCCCAGGCAUACAUACAAUAUGAGGAAAAGGAGGCCGCUCAUGCGGUACGCAAUUCUAGACAAGAAGAAACCAGCAAGAAUGGUCGCCAAGACGAUUCCCGUCGGGGAACGGACAAAAAGAAAGACGACAAGGGCCGGGAUCCCAAAGACUACAAAGCCCCAGCCGGGAAGUUCCAAGAAUACACCCCCCUCAACGCCUCAAGGGAACGCAUCUUAAACGAGUGCGCGAAUGCUGAAUUCCAGACGGGCAAGGUCCGCUUCCCUAAAACCAUGCUCGCGCGACCAAACAUGGAUAAAUCGAAGUUCUGCCGAUUCCACAAAGGCCACGGGCACAACACCGAGGAUUGCAUCCACCUAAAGGACGCCAUAGAGAUAUUGAUCAGGGAGGGACACCUGAAGCAAUACGCGAAGAAGCAGGAGGCCACCAAAGAAGCCAAACCAAUCACCGAGGAAAAGCUGGCGGAAGAUACGCCUGCCAUUCAAGUAGCCAUGAGCAUCACCAGGCCGAAAGCUUUUACCUCCCUGACUAGGCCAAAUCGGCGACCACCACCGCUCCUCACAGCGCAUGGGAGAUGUUCCCCUCCGCCAUGGUCAUAUCGGGUGGGGGAGUCAGCAAGCUCACCGUGGUAUCCAUAG